CUUCAACUCCAGUUUAUGCUUCGGGUGGCUUGGAUUAUGGAAUCCCAUUGCCAUUUCUUCUGUGUUACAUUUGAAAGAAAUAACACCAGAGAACAAUUUUGGGUUGCAGGGGAACUAAAUAAGAGCAGAGAGGAGAAAGGAUUUGGCAGGAAGAACAGAGAAGAGAUUUAUGAAAAUGGCAGAAGAGAUUGUGAGAAGAGGCAAAUGCAAAGUGUGCUAUAUAUAAUCGAAUUGGAGGCAAGAAGGUUGAGAGAUGAAAUUGCAUGGGGAACUAGGACUGACUACAAGGAACUUCCUGGGGAAAAUGAGGUGGGAUUUCUUUUCCUGUAUAAUUCAAUUGAAAUUCCGAGUAUUGAAGACGAAGACUCCAAGUUAUGUGUGAGAAGGCUUUUCUCUGUUUCCAUUCUUCCAAAAUCAUUUCGGUGACACAAGCCACGUGAACAUGAUACUUUCCACACUUGGAGAUGUAUGACCACCCAUUGCUUUUCUCUCCAUCUUUGAUGCUCUUUUUUUGACACCACAUACAAUUCCCUUGGACUUCCUUGUGGAGAUUGAAAACCAUUUCUCCUUCUUCUUCUUUGAUGUGAUAUUUCUU